CGUCCUCUCCACUGCAAACCCACCCUUAAGACUACGACCCAGUUUGUUAGUAAUUCGGUUUCGCGAUUGCCCCAUUCAACAGCGAGUCCCAAUUGAUCCAACUUAAAGUCCCGACUGUCGUCACCACAGGGAUUUUGCUCUUCACGGGCACGCGCAUCAACAAACAAGUACAGCACUCACACGAUCGACCGGCUACAUCUGUCAGGCAUGAUUUUUCAUCCGCGGAAAACAUCUUUUGACCCUCUACGUCAAGCUUGCACCGCGUAGGAUAAGAUACUCGCCACCAUUCCGCUCGCGAACGGGUUAAGCUUUCUAUCAUCCCAUCACCACAAAACAACACCUGUAUAGGUACCAGCGGGCAUUCUACUAUUGAACUCGCGACCAUCGCGUACAACCCCUCGGCCGCGCCACGAUGGCCACUCCCGGCGACACUCGGGAAGAGGCAUCGGCAGCCCUGUCACCUCGGUCGUUCGCAUUGAGGCACAUGCGGCCAAAGAGCUCCUUCCUAGGAUGCGCCAAGAUAGCGGAUUAUGAGGUUCUGGGAAAGCUGGGCGAGGGAACUUUUGGCGAGGUGCAUAAAGCCAGGUCGAAGAAGACUGGCGCAAUCGUCGCGCUGAAGAAGAUUAUUAUGCACAACGAAAAAGAUGGCUUCCCAAUCACUGCCCUCCGUGAGAUCAAGCUACUCAAGUUGCUAUCGCACCCCAAUGUGCUGACGCUGGAGGACAUGGCUGUCGAGCACCCUCAAAAUAGAUCCGACAAACGCAAACGACCGAUUAUGCACAUGGUUUUCCCCUACAUGGACCAUGAUCUCUCGGGUCUUCUGGAUAACCCGUCUGUCAAGUUCACCGAAGCACACAUCAAAUGUUAUCUUAUACAACUAUUGGAAGGUCUCAAAUACCUUCACCACAACAAAAUUCUUCAUCGCGACAUGAAAGCAGCCAACUUGUUGAUCAAUAAUAAGGGCAUCCUGCAGAUUGCAGAUUUCGGACUGGCGAGGCAUUAUGACGGUCCAGUACCGCAACCUGGGCGUGGAGGAGGCGAGGGCGCGAGGAAUUACACUAGCCUGGUGGUGACUCGCUGGUAUAGGCCUCCAGAGCUGCUCCUACACCUAAAGGCCUACACCACAGCAAUAGACAUGUGGGGAGUUGGAUGUGUCUUUGGUGAGAUGCUGACUGGAAAGCCUAUCCUCUCUGGUGAGAGCGACGGGCAUCAGCUUGAGCUCAUUUGGGAUCUUUGUGGCACUCCAACAGAAGACACAAUGCCAGGCUGGAGGAAGCUACCAGGGGCCGAGGCGAUGCAGCCCAAGUCACGCCCGGGUAACCUAUCCCAACGAUUCAGAGAGCACGGCCAAAUGGCUGUCUCGCUGUUAAAAGAGCUGAUGAAGCUUGAUUGGAAAUCAAGGAUCAACGCAAUAGAUGCUUUGCAACAUCCUUAUUUCCGAACUGCCCCUAUGCCAUCAAAGCCUGAGGAUAUUCCUACCUUUGAGGACAGUCACGAGCUCGACAGGAGAAGAUAUCAUGACCGUCCUCCAAAGGCAUUACCCCCUGCUCCCAAGGGCGGCGCGGUCGGUCGAGGGCCGAUGGACGGGCCAGGUCCCAACCAUGGGUACCAAAGCGGUGAUUACGGUAGCAGGAACGGCGCUAAUGGUGGCCGUUACCCUCCGCCUCACCGAGGAGCACCGAAUGGCGAGCCUGACCGUAGACAACCUGCAUGGUCCAAGGACAGGAAUCUUGGGUUGCCACCCCGACCUCCGCCACCUGCAGGUUCUCACAACGGCAUGGACAACAGCUCUCGGGAUGUGCCUCCUCCUCGGAGCAGAGGGAACGACCGUGCCGGUGGCGGCGGGCGAGCCGACGUUGACACAUAUAUCCCCAGCUAUAGCGGUGGUGGUAGAAGGGACGAUAGGAUGCCACCGCGAGACGAAAGAAGGCGCCGUGAGGACCGAGACGACAGAAGAUAUGAUAGAGAUCGCGGAUACGAUGAUCGAGCCCGUAGCAGCAGGACGAGAAGUCGCUCGCCUAUACGAGAUCGCGACAGAGACCGCGAGAGAGAUCGUGACCGCGAUCUUUACCGGAGAUAGUGUCCACCAGGAAAGGCGCCAAGAUUCCCAAGAUAGCAUCAGGAUAGUCUCCAGCCAGAAUCGCCUCAGCGGGAAAGAGGCUCUCAUUGCUGUUCGUACAAAUCGACAACAAAUUCGGUUCAUUGCUGUGGUUCGGGCUCAGACUACCACACACAUUGCUUCCAAACUCCGGGCGAAAUCUUGCCAUGUCACGAGACCAAACCUAGCGGACACUUUGGUUUGGAUGGCAGCGUUGAACACAAAGGCGAUGUUCAGCCGGACCUGGAAGACCUUUUGCCCAUGUCCUUGAUCGUCGAGCUUUUCCCAGAAUCUCUAAGCGUAAGCUUUAACUGCGAGUCCUGCUCUUCGAGUCCACAAGCGAUCACAAAGAAACACACCAUUUGAAUGAUGGACCGAGUGGUUGGCAUGUUCACAAUAUCAGUUUUCAUGAAAUCAGCCGGCAGACAAAUUGAUACGGCUGAGCCUCUGUUUGGAUUUUGCUCAUUCUUUAUUGCUUGGCAAUACGAGGGCAAGAGGGCGGUACCAUCAGACACAGUAUCGACAGAGCGACUUGAUUUUCAUCCACAGCCCAUGAGUAUCCGCCUACAGACUCUUGAUUAUCUUGCCGCUUGGUUGAAAAAGGGUUAGCAACUACUGCAGACAUUAUUUUAACAAGACCCAGGGCGAGUGUACGCUGUACGCUGUAUAAUAUAAUUAUCGUAUAGCCAGUCCAAAAUGUGAGGCGGGUUUCCGUUCCUAAAGAAUCUCCGUUUUUUUUUUUUUUUUUUUUUUGUGUUUGUAACCCACUAAGUACAUUAGUCACCCCCCGAGGUGUCAUCCUCUUCUUCUUCUAAAAUAAUCGACUGCAGUAAUGGCAUCCUUCGUGAGUGUUCG